AUGGCCGACCCACAGCACAACCGACCACAGCCAGAGGAAAAACGACAAGGUCGUCCGCCUCAUGAAUCCACAACUUGGCAUCCCCAUAAUGCGAGGAAAUGGACGGUCCUCCAAACCUCUACCGGUGGACGAACUGUCAGGAAAUCUGCAAGUCUGGGCUCAAAAUACGAAAGGGGGAUCGUCUGCGAGUUCCAUCCUGACAGCUUUGCCGCGCUGCGUCGCGAAUACUCUGUCCUGUCCAUCAUUUCCCAUAUUCCCUCCCCAAUCGGCCACCCUCGCAUUAUAAGCGCAGAUUUCAAGUCUGGUGUCCUUGUACUGGGCUCGCCGAAGGUCCGCUGGACAACACUUUGGCAGCGUGUCAACGAGCCAGUUCUUGAUCUCGAUUCAUUACUUCAGAUGAAGCGCGAAUUGCUUGACUAUGUCCGAUCAUUAAAAUUGGCUGGCGGCUGGCUACUAUAUUUGGGUGGAUGGAUGGAGACAGAUUUCUGCUCGAUACCGGAUCGAAUCCAAUCAGCCGAGUGGAAGGCACAAGAGAAUGAACAGUUGAGUGAGGUAGAGCGGAUGUUUACUGACCUCUGUGCUUGUGUGAAUGAAAGGGAUAAAGCGAUAUGCAAUGAUCUGGUCAAACACGACGACCAAGGAUGA